GUUCGGAGGGCUUGAGGUUGUGGAACCAAGUACUCUUAUAAGAGGAGAGUGUUCCGCUGUUGGAAGUCCGUGAGAGCUUCAUCGAUAUCAUCAAGUCAAUUGCUAUUAUAUGCCAAGAUGAAGACGCCCCACGCCAUUUAUACCGCGCUUUCAAUAGCAACUGCUGCGCUUUCAACACCCCUUGGUACCAACCAUGGGCUCGUUCAGUUCAAAGGCCCCAUUAGUGUCGAGUCUGACUCGCUGCACAAUGUCCACAUUGGCUAUGGAGAUGAUCUUGAAGGUGAACUCCGGGUGGUGUAUGGAGACUGCGGCAUGAGUGCGGAACACGAGAAGCAUCACGAUAUCACCAUCACCAUCGUUGACAAAUCCUCCCGCCCCGAUCGUCUGGUCUGGAUUGUACCCCGAGAGAUCCAGGCCAAUGGUUGUCUUCAUGCUUUCUCCAAUGGAGGACUCGUGGGUCGAUCCCUACCUAUUGGCGUCUCUGCACCUCUUCGAAAACGUGAAUUGUUAGCUGAUGUUGCCGAAACAAUGGGACCUUGGUUUGACGGUGUGGCAUACAUGCAAUCCAAAAGCAUCAAUGCCGCUGCUUCAAAAGAAGCAAAGUCGAAGAGCAUUGCCAUUGUCGGCGGUGGCAUGAGCGGGCUCAUGACCAGCUUGCUUCUUGAGUCGGUUGGUAUGCACAACUGGCAUAUCCACGAGUCCACCCAGAGGGUUGCAGGUCGUGUCCGAACCAAGUAUCUCAACAACACUACGCCUGACCAGUACCAAUAUCAAGAAAUGGGCCCCAUGCGCUUCCCAGUGAAUAUCAAGUAUUCCGAUACCGACGAAAAAAUCGAUAUCCAAGAUCACAAGAUGGUGUUCCAGCUCGGUGAGACUCUUAACAAGCUCAACAACAACGACCCAAGCGUAGCUGUCAAUUUCAUCCCCUUCAUCCAAAACAGCCCGAACACUCCUGCCAGUUCGAAUGGAUACCGUCUCCCCGAUGGUCGGAUUCCAAGCAGCGCUCAACUCGAAGCCGACCCGUCCCUGAAAGGCCCUGCGUCCGUAUCAUCCAAUCCCGAAGCCCAGGCUUUUGCCGAAGAAGCACUGGAACUGUUCGGAGGCAUGACCCCCGACCGAAUCAAGGCUUUUGCGACGAACGUCUACAGGGCCCACAAAGACGCGGUCGACCGCGGGUUAUUUCACUGGUCCGAGGCUACUUAUAUUAAGUAUGCGCUUGACAUGGACGCCAACCUCACGGACUCCAUCGCAGGGGCUGAGCACCAUCCGAUGUGGCUUUAUGACAAUGUCUACUUCGGCGCUUCCGAAUGGAAGACGAUCGACAAAGGCCUCAGCUCCCUUGAGCGCGCAUUCACACCGCUCGUGAAGGACAAGACCACCUUUGGCCGCAAGAUUGAGGGACUUGCCUACGAUGCUGAAACCGACAAAGUGGCUCUCCAGUGGCGCGAGGAUCCCUUCCAGAUGGUACCCGAGACCGAGGAAUAUGACUAUGCCAUCGUCGCCGUUCCAUUCUCGAAAGUGAGGGGCUGGAGCCUCCCGCGGUACUCAAGCCUUCUGACCCGUGCCAUCGACACCAUGAACUACCAACAGUCGUGCAAGAUCGCACUUCACUACAAGACUCGCUUCUGGGAGAAGUUGGAUCCGCCAAUCAUCGGAGGAUGCGGUUCCGUUGACAUUUAUGGUGUCGGUUCAGUCUGUUAUCCUUCCUACAAUAUCAACUCGACCGACCCCGGUGUCCUCCUUGCCGCGUACGCAUCUGGCACUCCUGCGCGAACAAUGGGCGCCCUGAGCGACGCGGACCACGUUGGUCUCGUUCAACGUGCCAUGGUCGAGGCUCACGGCCAGAUCGCCGCCGAUGAGUACACUGGCAUCUACGACCGUCAAUGCUGGGAGAUGGAUGAGCAUCAGGCUGGCGCGUGGGCCGCUCCCCUGCUCGGCCAACAGGAGCUCUACCUUCCUGCUUACUUCAACACGGAGUCCAAGACCAUCUUUGUCGGAGAGCAUACCAGCUAUACGCAUGCCUGGAUCUUCUCUGCCCUGGACAGCGCUGUGCGUGGAACCACGCAACUCUUGCUUGACCUUGGUUUGGUGGAUGAGGCGAAAGAGAUUGUCAACACUUGGAUGGGUCGGUGGAUUGCGGUCUAAUCAUUGGUCGGACGCUGGUCGAGUGUAGCUGGAGGAAGUGUUUUAUUUAAUGCGUCGACAGGUCGACUGAUAGGUGCUUUGAGCAUAUUGAUGACAAUGACAUGAUCUUUUUACGUGUAUGAGUGCAAUCCCUGAGUGCAAUCCCUGAGAGCCCCGCUGCUGUGCAUGACGGUCUUCGAUUGAUAAACUUUUGCAUAAGCGGACGUAACAUCAUUCACGUACAUGUUUUGCUCUCUGUGCUGGCCGGAGUUUUGGUUGCUAAAAGCAUUACUCCUCCUUCUCAAUCACCGCUGGCGCCCGAACUUCCCUUCCUUGCAUAUAUUCUAGACCUUCUCCGCCCUAUUCCGAACAUUGUU